AUGUACUGCGUCCAGCCUCUUUGCGACUCCCGGUCGGCUAUACUAAGCACGAUUGGGAUCGCAAAUAUACUCUACGGCUUGACCGUCAUCAGCAUUACUAGCAUAUCUCCAGUUAUUCUAGUCUCGAUCGUCGUCAACGCAGCGUGCGCUAUUGCCAAUGGAUUGUGUUACUGUGCAUUCUACGCCGACUCUCCCACAGCACAUGCAGCUGUCGCAUCUGGAUUUGCGGACUUCUUCUGGCUGGUUCCCGGGAUAUCAUUCUACGGCUGCGCCAUCCUACACCGCCUGUUAUCCCGUCGCAGCCGAACCACAUUUAUAAUAUUAUUCUGGGUCAUCCUCUGUGCCAUCGCCAUCAUACGGAUGUUCAUCCUUGUCGGCCGAAUCAAGAUGAUUCUCAGCCUCCAUCCCAAUUUCCAGAAAGUCAUCAACUACCUGCAUGUCGGCUACUUCGCGCUCAUCGCUUUACUGGAGUGCAUAAGCGCAUUCUUCCUUCUUCGAGAGUUUGCCUCGGCCCGGAAAGCAUCAAGAGGUGCGGCGUUGACAGGAGGCUUAUUGCAGCAUCUCAUGCGAGGCAUUGAGACACGGGUCGCUUCGCUGGCCCUUGUCGGUAUCUCGAGGGCUGUUGCUUACGUCUUCAAUCAAUCUCUGCCGCAAGCCGUGACGACUGCCGGACAGGUCGAUCGCUUCGUAUAUACGCUGGAGUGUUUAUUUCCAAUCAUGAUAUAG